AUUGGUCAGCCAGUGGCAGUUGUUGUGAUUGGCAGCAGGUGUGGAACAGAAACAGACAGGGCAGGUAGAAACGCAGAGAGGGAAAUAAGCAAGUAACGGGAGUAGUUUAAGACGUAAACACGCGUCCCGUCCCCCCUCUUAAUUUCACUUAAUUAGUGCUCGGUUCUAUGCAAAAGUGAAGUCCGUGAGAUACCGAUAAUGUGUAGCUAGCUGUUAGCCGCUAACCUAGCGGGAGGACCGAUGCUAACUGUUCAGCUAUAGGCUGUUAAUUAGGCGUUAAGUGUUUUGUUAGCAUCGGCUAGCGGUAGUUGCUUGACGUUAGCGUGAGCCCAUAAACUAAACCUUGGACGAGUGUGGACACGACGCUGGAAACUAGGUCAGACAGACCCCCAAGGGUCCUCUGUUGAAGACACUUGUUGGACUGUUCAGGUGUUACACGGUCGGAUAGCGCCACUGGUGACCGGAAAGGCCUCUGGGUGCCUCCUUCUUGGACCUCCAGACCAUCUCUGCAGGACCAAAACACAACUGGAGGAGAAGUACAGGAAGAAACCGCCACGGUGAGCUGAAUGAAGAGUUGCAAGCGACAGGCUGUACUGCAGUGUGUGUGAAUCAGCACAUCUCCACCAUGUCAUCAAGGCAUCCCGGACUCGCUCGCUCGCCACGAUGAGAACUGACUUCGCUCUGGUCCUGACAGCAGCCCUUCUUCUUGACAAAUUCUGGAGGAAUAAUGGGGAGCAUGCUUCCAAAGAUCCCUGCCGACCUGGCUUCUCACAAAGCUUCUACUCUGUGCUGAUUUCAAGGGAUGUACUGCAAGGCCAGGGCAUACUUAAAGAUACCACAGUAUCAUCACAAAAAGUGAAGUUUGACGACUGUAUGGGGAAUGAAGCGGUGGUUUUCCAGAGCAGUGACCCCAUCUUCAGCGUGCGGACAGAUGGAUCCAUCUUUGCCCAGGGAGAGGGAGCUAGCCUAAAUGAACCGGUCCAGUUUAGACUGAAAGCAAGUGGUCCACACACACAUAUCUGGGAGACUGUGGUCCAACUGGCUCUGAUGGACCCACCAUCAACUCAACAAAACGGAAAUGAGGUCACAAAGGAAGAGGGGAAACUUGCUGAGAGAAAAGAGAAGACGGACGCGUUCCAAGCUCCACCUCCUAUCAUCAUGUUCUCAGGGUCUGGCCUGAACAGCUCCAAGGGUCUACGGAGGCAAAAGAGGGACUGGGUGAUCCCUCCAAUCAACGUGGCAGAAAAUUCUCGAGGACCGUUCCCUCAGAUGCUAGUCAGCAUUCGUUCAGACCAGGACCAGGACAUCUCGAUCCGAUAUAGCAUCACUGGGGUGGGAGCGGAUCAGCCACCAAAUGAGGUCUUCAAUAUUGAUCCUGUGCUUGGAAAGAUGUUCGUUACCAAACCUCUUGAUCGAGAACAUCGCUCUUCUUACCAUUUGCGUGCCCAUGCCGUGGACAUGAAUGGGAACCAGGUUGAGAAUCCCAUCGAUCUGUACAUCUUUGUCAUUGACAUGAAUGAUAACAGACCCGAGUUCAAAAACCAAGUCUACAAUGGCUCUGUGGAUGAAGGCUCUAAACCAGGAACCUAUGUGAUGCACCUGUCAGCGUUUGAUGCCGACGACAACACCACCGCUAAUGGAAUGGUGCGCUAUCGAAUCCUGUCCCAGACGCCACACAGCCCCAUCCCUAACAUGUUCACCAUCAACAGUGAGACUGGAGAUAUUGUGACAGUGGCACCUGGUCUUGAUCGAGAGAAAGUGUCCCAGUAUACCAUCAUCGUGCAGGCCACGGACAUGGAGGGCAACCUGAACUUUGGCCUUUCCAACACAGCCACUGCCAUCAUCACUGUCACAGACAUCAACGACAACCCUCCCAUGCUGACUUCCAGAACUUUUUCAGGUGAGGUCCCAGAGAAUCGAGUGGAUGUCGUGGUGGCUAAUCUGACGGUGAUAGAUGCUGACCAACCACACUCGCCUAACUGGAACGCCAUCUACAGGAUCAUCAGCGGAGACCCAUCUGGGCAUUUCACCAUCCGCACUGACCCUGUAACCAAUGAUGGCAUGGUCACCGUGGUUAAGCCAGUAGACUUUGAGAUGAACCGUGCCUUCAUGCUGACGGUGGUGGUAUCCAACCAGGCCCACCUUGCAAGUGGCAUCCAGUCUUCGCUCCAGUCCACAGCUGGGGUCACCAUAUCUGUCCAGGAUGUCAAUGAACCCCCUUACUUCCCCACGAACCCAAAACACAUCCGCUUUGAAGAGGGUGUCCCUGCUGGCACAAGCCUGACAACCUUCUCAGCCUCAGAUCCUGACCGACUACAGAUGCAGCAGACAAUCAGGUAUUCAAAGCUGAAUGACCCUGCGGACUGGUUGUCCAUCAACAGAACCAAUGGUCAGAUAGUAACCACGGCAAUGCUCGACCGGGAGUCCAUCUAUGUCAAAAACAAUAUAUAUGAAGCCACAUUCCUGGCAACAGACAAUGGCGCUCCUGCCACCAGUGGCACAGGCACAUUGCAGAUCUAUUUGAUAGAUAUUAAUGACAACCCUCCAGCACUCAUACCCAGGGAGUCUCAGAUCUGUGAGAGGAUGAACAAGAAUGUCAACGGUGUCAACAUCACUGCCGCUGACGCCGACACGGACCCCAACGCUGGACCUUUUGUCUUCGAGCUCCACAACUUCCCCACCAGUAUCCGUCGCAACUGGACGAUUUCUCGGCUCAGUGGCAACUAUGCCCGCCUCGGUCUGCGGUACCAGAUAUAUUUAGAGCCGGGGGUGUAUGAGGUCCCUGUAAUUGUGUCGGACUCAGGAAACCCUCCAUUGUCCAACAGGUCAGUCAUCAAAGUGAAGGUGUGUCCCUGCGAUGAAAAUGGAGACUGCACCACUCUCGGGGCCGUGGCAGCCGCUGGCCUGGGAACUGGAGCUAUCAUCUCCAUCCUGAUCUGCAUCAUCAUACUGCUCAGCAUGGUGCUAUUGUUUGUGGUAUGGAUCAAGCGCAGAGAGAAGGAGAGGCAAACAAAGCAGCUGCUAAUUGACCCUGAAGAUGAUGUCAGAGACAACAUCCUCAAAUAUGAUGAAGAGGGAGGAGGAGAAGAGGACCAGGACUAUGACCUGAGCCAGCUGCAGCAGCCCGACUCCUUGGAGCACAUCAUCAACAAGCCGCCCGGUGUCCGCAGGGUGGACGAGCGUCCCAUCAUCCCUGAGUCCCAGUACCCGAUUAGACCUGUCGUGCCCCAUCCUGGAGACAUCGGGGACUUCAUCCACGAGGGUCUGCGAGCAGCAGACAACGACCCCACCGCUCCUCCUUAUGACUCCCUGCUGGUGUUUGACUAUGAGGGCAGCGGCUCCACCGCUGGCUCUGUCAGCUCUCUUAACUCCUCCAGCACAGGGGACCAGGACUAUGACUACCUCAACGACUGGGGCCCACGCUUCAAGAAGCUGGCCGACAUGUACGGAGGAGGGGAUGAUGAUUAAAUCUGCCCAGUCACACAUGCACACGCACACACGCACACACACACACACACACACACACACACACACCCUCGUCCCGUCAGCUGGCCUGCCAUGCUCUGUCCCUCUAACAUAUGGGGCUAUUAUACCCUUACUGAACACACCUUAACAACGACUUGUUCACACUGACCAACUGACUGACCAACCAACCAAUCAAAUUACACACCACAGAGGACCAGUCCCAUGAGUCAGUUUCGGGGGCUCUUUUCAACCGUCACCUGCUCUAGGCCUGUCUUAGACUGAAACAGAAGCUCAGAAUUGCAGGCUUCUUAUAGUUUGUAUUUUCAAACUCUUGUGCUUUUGUUUCAGUUUAGGUUUUAUGCUAGAUGUAGGUUUAUGGUAACUUUUGUCUUAUUUUAUUUUUCCUUCCCUUUCUCCCUUUCAAAACGAGCCGAUUCCUAAGGGUUUUCACUUUUCCCUCCCUCACAGCCCCCACCUGCCUCUCUGCAGAAGCUUUAGGUUGAGCUGCUUGCUUUGUCUGAGGGGUACAAAAGGAAAAAAAUGAAGAACACAGAUAUGAAAGUCCUUCCUGCAUGGAGGGCCCUGGUUUAUUCUUUCUUGAACUUGAAUUACUUAGAACAGAAGCACUGUUGUUUAAAAAGUGCCUUCAGUGGUGCAUAUUUUAGCAGACUCCCGCUAACUCAGGAUUGGUUGACAUUUUCUGGGCUUACAUGCCCCCAUAUGACCCCUGACCCUUUAACUCAGACCUUCCCUUGUCAUUUCUGUUAUCCUGCAAGGCUGUGGUAGCUGUGAGAGAUGUCAGUGCUGGUUUCACAGGAGCACUGACUGGCUUACGAGGGCGCUUUAUGUAGACAUACUGUAGUUAGGCUUACAAGUUCUGGACAAAUCCUAAACUUUUCAAGUCGGGCAUACCUGUGCUCCUAGAUCACAGCCAACUUGAAUGUGGUUACACAAAUACAUUAUGGGACUGUCUUAGAGAAGAAAUGCAUUGCGUGUCUUUGUUUAUUGUGGCUUCAAUUGCAGCUGUUUUUUUUUUGACCUCUCAGUAUUUGCACCUAAAAGUUGAUAAGGCUUGUUACUAACUUUGAAGACUGACAAGUCAAGUGCGUUGCCUCUAUAAUGUAUAUGAGGUACAUAUGAAGAUUAUUUAAGGAGACUUUUUCUUUAAGAUCAUUUGAGGUUUGCAUGUUUACCCCAACACCCAAAGGUUAUUAACAUGGCACCAGUUAUUGUGUGGUAAAUGUGUCAGAGAAAACUAUAUAAACUGUACAAACAUGAGGGAAAAGAAAACACUAGAUGACUUCAAAUAGCUCUGAUAGCAUUGCAUACAGAGUUGUGAGCUUGUCUGAGCCACAUUCUGAGCCCCUUUCUCUAUGUCUAUUUUUUUCUUCUUUUUUUUUUCCUUUUUUGUUGUUGUUGUUGAUUCUCAGUUGUUUCUCGACAAACUUUUAAUACACAAACUUUGGUGCGGGUCCCUGUUACAGAAACUAGGGGAACUGAGACUCAGCCAGGGAUUUAGCACCUUCACAAUCUGUGUCUCCUCAGGCAGCAUUUCUUUCAUCUGAAAUUUUCUCCUGAAAUGUUUGGCUGCAAGUUCAAGAGGUUUUAAAAAGAAGUUAGAGGAAGGGAAAGUCUGUUAUGAAGUUCUGCACUUUAUCAAAGUAGAAUUGCAAAAAUAAAGCUUCCGUUAUAGUGCUUUAAAAGACAGACAUUUUGAAAGACAGUUGUGUUGUGACUUAAUGAAAAAGCAACAUUACCCAUGGGCUUUUGUAAUCAUAUUUCAGGCCCCCAGAACUGCAUAUACAGAGAGAACUGGGGGAAAAAAGAGCUUUAGUCUUUGUAUUAAAUUAUUUAAAAAUGCAAAACAUUUCACAGAGGGACCAGGGAGAUGCUGACCAGGGAGAUGCUUGAUGUGGAUUGACCCGAUCUGCUAUUAAUUAUGAAUAUGAUAAAUGCUUGGAGGAAAUCUUUAUAACGAUAGUGUUAUUUAGAUGAUGUGACAAGAAGGAUUCUCCUCUUAUAUUCCUUUGUAUCCUGCCUUUUUUCAACUGCUCCUCACCUGCUACUGGUUCAUUUAAAGGUACUAUAUGGAACGUUCAGAAAACCCUUGUUAUUAAUGACACCGGUGGCCCUUAAGUGAACUACAGACAACAUCACGUUGCCUGCGUUCACACACACACACACGCUUGCACUCUGUAGGUAAGCGUGAGCAAGCAUCCUAGGCAUUGGCCAAAAUAGUGACGUAACCUACACGAGACUGAAUGUGAUUGACCAGCAUCAUGUAGAUAAAUCAAGUAACUAAAGUUACACUGUUAUUAUAGUUUGACUAUAAACUAUAUUUGAGACUAAAGACUAUUUGACUCUCCAGCACUGGCAAAGCACUAAACGAAGUGUGGAGAUAGAUCUGGCUAUGCGAGGCUGCAUUUUGCCUAGCGUUAUUUUUUUAAAUAGGAUUUAUAAAUCAUAAUAGCGUUAUCAGCUUGCUAGCUAGCACAGUAUAGGAUAAUUGCAUUGAACUCAUCCAUUCUCAUUGCAUGAUAUAUCGACUGCAUUUAUAUGAUAUGUCAGCAUCAGCUACCUAGCCAGCUUUAUCGAUCGCUGUUUGUCUAGCUUUCCCCCUAAGGCUCAGCAAUGUCAGCAUAGCUAAAUUUCCUAGAUGAUAACACUAACAUGUAGUGAAUUAGACAGAAUAUUAUAAAUAAGAUUCCACACUUUAUUAUUGACAUGAGAGUUUCCAUCACAACUCUCAUUUCGCUAAAUCGAUGCACUAAUGUUACUUCAUAAUACUAUAUUAUCAAGUAAUGUUGUACUGAAUGGGUCAGGCAGUGGGGUGAGACAACGCUAAUCCUAAACUAACGUCAGUUAUAAACAGAUGAUAGGAGUGGGGUGAGUAACAUUAGGCUGGAGAUUAUGCAUAUAAAAUCUACAACUUGUUCGAGAGAACAGAUGUUUGGUUUCGUGCUGAGAGUCUGUCUUUUGUUGUCGUUAGCAGUCUGCGUUUCAAUGCUAACGUUAGCUAGUGUGGCAAACUGUUGGUGCUGUAGGGGAGUGGAAGAAAGGCACUGACGCAAGACACUCGGGAGCGAGCAUAAACGUCACAUCGUUUGGAUUUUUCCAGCAGCAUUCGUCCCAAGUCCUGUACAUAGAAAUCAGUCCACAAGCUGUUACAGGCAACCGAGAAAGUCGGUAAAGGUCUCAUUUUUUAAGUUACGUUACAAUCCGUUUACACAUUGGCAAUAAAAAAGCGAUUAAUACAUGGAAAUUGCUUCACAUUCUUACAUAUAGUACCUUUAAACAAUCUUUAGUUUUUCCAAAUGGUCAUAAAGAUAGUAUGUAAAUGAGCCCACUGUGAGGAAAAAGUAACUAAAUUUCCAGAGUGGACAGAAAAGAAUUGACGAGAUAAAUGGAAAAUAUUACCUUUAAAUGCUAUUAUUCAUCAUGCCAUUAAAAAGAAAUAGAGAUUAGAGUGUGAUCUGACUAUAAACAAGGGAAGGAAAGUCAAAGUAUGAUUAAUAAGGUUAACAGGGUAGGAACCUAUUGAUUAAGAUUUACAGAUAAAUGGAUUUAAAUUACACCUUGCAGUACAGAAACUGACAGCAGCGAUUUUCAGGACAGCUGUGAGCUGAGAGCAGAAACAGCAGACAUGAGAAAAGGAGUGGCUUCCACAGCUUGCUUCAGGAUAAGCUCUAUCCGACGGCUCCUCAGCAUACAGAAUAUCUUCACAAAAUAAACACAGCUGUUACUUUCUGCUAUUUGUGAUUAUUUCUGACAUAUAAAUGUUGUAUAUACAGAAGAUUUUUUUAUACAUUUGGUGAAAUGAUUUAUGUAUUUCUGUGUGGUCUUUGCAUUUUCUUUCACUCUAGUUUUGUUUCAAAUGAAAACUUGGCAAGGUUUAUCUCACCACAAAAAGCCAUGUGCAUUUAAGAGGAAUCUAUAUGAUUCUAAAUGAGCUUACAGCCAUACUCGUGUCCCUGUUCAAGUCAAUCAUAGUGAAAAGGUUCCAUUUCAAACCAACUUGUACAGUCUACUGUGUACUAGCACACACUCACUCCUCUAGGCCUUACUGUAUAUAUGUGAGUGUUAUAUAUUAUAUAAACCCUUUCAGCAUUGUUCUAAUUCAGCUGCAGAGCUCCAACAUUACUGAAGGCCAUCCAGCAUUCGCAGGAUAAAGAUAUGCUUCAUGAAAUGCUAAUGCUGUCGUAUCAGACAUAAAGACGGGAUUCAGGGCCAAACAUAGCAGGAGGCCCCACACACACACACACACACACACACACACACGCUUUACACAAGGUAAUCGAUGUUUAUUACUGUGUCAUACAUGACACAAUGCCAUUAUGAUACUGAAUGUUAUCAAUGACUUGCAAUGACACAUGGCAGCAAAUCAACAGUGGAGUUGGAGAAAGUUGACCUUAAAUGCAAUUUUUGAGGGGAAAUGAAGGAAGAUUGAUCAUUACUUGUUACAUAAUUGGUCCACUUGUCCUAUUGACUUUCCCUUGCUAAAGUGAGGGGAGAAUUAGCAAAUGAGAAUGAAGGAAGAACUAUUGCACUGUUGUAGAUCCAUCCCUGUUUUCUGGCUAUGUCAACAACAGCUCUUCUGCCUCUCUGACUGGUGUUAGUUAAAGGACACUUGGUCUCACUCUGGACACUGCCUGACCAUGGACACACACAUGACGGGAGGCUCCAGCAGAGGCCAGACUUUUGUCCUGCUUUGGCCAGAAUUAUAAAGCCAGGCAGCAGUGUUUCAUACAAGUCCUCCCAAUACUGCUGUCCAAGUGUACAUACUGUAGUAUUUGCUUGAAGCUAAGCAGACCGAGUAGGCAAACUGUAACUGUACAAUUGGAGCUUUUUGCAUGUGUCUUUUUAUAAUGGACAGAUGAGUUCUAUUACAGUAAUCAUACAACAUUUUAAAAUUGUCGCAGCCCGCAUGACAGAGGUUGCAGUCCAGAAGGGAUUCUGGUGUACCAUACUCACAUAGUUUCAAAUGGAGGAGAAAAAAAGCUGAAAAAAUAAUUGCACAGUUAUUGAGUCAAAAGACUUGUUUUGUAAAUUGUCAACAGCACAAAUAUUUUGUAUUGUUGUUUGUACCAUUUUGUAAGAAAAUUCAGAAAAAAACAAACAAACAAAAAAAAAGGAAAGAGUGUUGUUUCAAGCGUGUGUUUCUAGUGCCACUGCAAUCUUGGUUUCCAAAUACCAUACAGUACAUGCGCAGCCUUGCAGAUCAACCUUGUAAUAUAGACGCUGAGCUGGAGACUCCCUGUCAGCACCAUGUGUUAU